AUGACAACUUACGUCACUGGAGAAGAAGCUGUAAUGAUGUGGACAAACAUGAAGGCGGGUUUAUAUGGACUCACUGUAACCGACUUUAACACUUGUUGGAAUGAUGGGAAAAUUGUCUGUGCUAUUAUUCACUCGCUCUUUCCCACAGAGUUCGAUUAUAAGAAGAUGACCUUCGCCAAUCCUUUAAAUGAUGUUAAAACUGCCUUUGUAUCUCUUAAGAAACAUGGCAUCAUCAUUUAUUGUGAACCAGAAGAUUUCAUUACUCCAAAGCCUGACACGAAAUCAGUGACGCUAUUUGCUUCCGAGUUGAUGCAAUAUGCCACAUUGGGUGAUAAAUACGUUGGGGAAGACGAGAAAUUGCUUGCAGCCAAUAAACAGAAGCGAAUUGAUGAAGAUAGAAAAGAGAUUGAAGAAGCUGCAAAGAGAAAGCAAGAGGCUAUCGAUGCUUUACCCAAGUGCGUUGUAUGUAACAAUCCCAUUUCUACAACAGCGUGGGAGUUUUGUGGGUAUCCAUUCCAUGAUACUUGUAUGAAAUGUUUCAGUUGCGAGAAACCGAUUCGAUUCAAAGCAAUGGCCAUCGACUGUAAACCAUUUUGUGAGUUGUGUGCAAGAAACGUUUUUCAGAGAAAGAAAUUAGAGGGGUGGGUACCAGCGGCUGGUGUGAAAGGACCCGUCCAAACUCGUAUUGGAAAAUUCACCGAAGGAAUGAAAAUGCCAGAACGACCGUUUUCAAUGACAAUUUCUCAAAGCGAAACUGCUGGAGCUAAAGCUGAAAAAGCUCCUCAACCAAAGCAACAAGAACCAAAAAAAGAAGUUGCAGCUUCUUUAGUGGAAGAAACCAAAAAAGAGGAACCCACAAGAAAGGUUAUUAAAACGUAUGAAGAAGAUGGAUAUGUCAUUGAACUUGUAGAAGAGACUCUUUAUGAUCCCGAAAUUAAAAAGUAUAAGAAAAGAACUAUUAAGAGAAAGACACUGAAAGCUACUAACACGGAAGACGACGAAAUGAAGAAACUUGAAGAAGAGGAGAGAAAAUUGAAUGAACAAAUGGCACGGGAAGAAGCCGAGUCGAAUGCGGAAAUGGCCAAAUUAGACGAAGAGAUGAAAAAGCAAGAGGAAGAGAUCAGAAAGCAAGAAGAGGAGCUUGCAAGACAAGAAGAGGAAAAUAGAAAACAAGAAGAAGCCGAAGAAGAAGAGCUUCGACGAAUGGAAGAAGAGCUGAACAGUGCAAAUUGA